GACAUGGAAAUAGUCAAGAAGAAUCUGGAGAAAGCAUUGAAGUCUUGGCGAGUGGCAAUGGGUAAGGAUCCGUCAAUGGAAGACUCGGUCGUGGACGCGAGCAGUCUCAUCGCGUCCGUGCAGAACUCCCUCCCAGCCACUGAAGACAAGGAUCAAGUCGGGACUUUGCUCUCCGCCCUCUCUGCCCUCUUCACCCAUGAGAACACAACCUUCGCAGAGACGAUGUUGUCCAUCAGUCCCCCGCUACACACGCACAGAAUGGUUUUGAAACUCAACGAGACGUUCAAGACCGGAGUCCACGACACGACCACCCAUCCGGACGCCAUCGCCCUGUCCCAGAAGAUCAAAAAUGAGCUGAAGAACAGCUACCAGCUGGCCGGCGGGCAGGAGGUGGACGUGAACGUGACUCUUCCUUUCAAGCCUGGGAGCAUCGCAGCCGAAACAUUGAGUACCUUCAGCACGGAUUCUGUGGAUGCAUCUCAGGUCGCACGAGAUGCUGCUGCCACCAUUGAAAGCAAUGGAAUUGGUGGAACUACUGUCACUGCAACAGGAUCUAAUACUGGGAUGAUUACUACUACAAAUGGCACAUCGGUAACUGGUUCAGGGACAUCUGGGACAACUGAUGGGUCAUUUGAUGGGACAACUGAUGGGUCAGCUCGUGGGAAAACUGAUGGAUCAGCUCGUGGGACAACUGAUGGGACAGCACUUGGGCCAACUAAUGGGACAGCGCAUGAGACAACUGAUGGGACAGCGCUUGGGGCAACUGAUGGGUCAGCACUUGGGACAGCUUAUAGGAAUCCUGAUGGGACAGCUCUUGGGACAACUGAUGGGACAGCACUUGGGACAGCUUAUAGGAAUCCUGAUGGGACAGCACUUGGGACAACUGAUGGGACAGCUCUUGGGACAACUGAUGGGACAGCAUUUGGGACAGCUUAUAGAAAUCCUGAUGGGACAGCACUUGGGACAGCUUAUUGGAAUCCUGAUGGGACAGCUCUUGGGACAACUGAUGGGACAGCACUUGGGACAACUGAUGGGACACCACUUGGGACAACUGAUGGGACAGCGCUUGGGGCAACUGAUGGGUCAGCUGACGGGACGACUGCUACUACUGUUGGUACCCCUGGAACUAUUGGCGAACCGCAGACAUCUGGCAUUUCUGGCAAAACUCCAGUAAAUGGCAUUCCUGGAGGCACUGGGGCUAUUGGCAGCUCACCAGCUGAAGGAGCUCAAACAGGCUCAAACAAUCGACAGACGCCAUCAAUCCCUAAUGCCGUGAAGCUGCGGGUUGGGGGACUGCACAUCACCAACGUCCCCUGGAAGAAUGGCUUCGCCACGGUCGGUUCGCCGGAGUUCAACGAUCUCUGUUCCAAGAUCGAGAGUGGCAUGGUGUCGUCCCUGGCGGGCAGCAGCCAGAGAGCCUUCUACCAGAGGACCGUCUGCCAGGCCAACCGACGGGGCAGCGUCAUCUCGGACUUCACCAUGGAAUUCACCCCAGGCGUGAACCUGGGGAAGGUCCAGGACGACAUCGACGCCAACUCGCUCAUGCCAGACGGGACCUAUCACUUUGGGGAUCUUCAGACCGACCUCCCUCCAUCCGGGAGGUCGCAGGCGACGACGACCACGGCCGAACACUCCGCGAUCGUCAAGGUGUUUUCGGACAGGGAAUCUCGUCUCUUUCUGCAGAUCACUAUACCUUCUGUCGCUGGGAAAGAAAAACAGAGCGCAAAAGUUGAACUGGAAGCACUUUUCGACAUGGAUUUGAAGGCAGAGGUGGAGAAAAUGGCCGAUUCCGACGCUGAGCUCAAGACCAUCGCAAAAAAACUCGCCCAAAUCCCGGACAUGGAAAUAGUCAAGAAGAAUCUGGAGAAAGCAUUGAAGUCUUGGCGAGUGGCAAUGGGUAAGGAUCCGUCAAUGGAAGACUCGGUCGUGGACACGAGCAGUCUCAUCGCGUCCGUGCAGAACUCCCUCCCGGCCACUGAAGACAAGGAUCAAGUCGGGACUUUGCUCGCCACCCUCUCUGCCCUCUUCAAUGACGAGAUCAUGAGCUUCUCAGAGCUGAUGUUAUCCAUCAAUCCCCCGUUGCACGUGGAUAAAACGACAUUGAAGCUAAAGGACGAGUGGAAGCCUGAAGUCCACGACGAUCCCAACCAUCCAGACACCACCGAACUGAUCCAUCAGAUCCAAGAUGAGGUGCGGCUGAUCUACCAGCUGUCCGGCGGGCUGGAGGUGGACGUCAACGUCACCCUUUCCAACCGAGCCGGGAGCGUCCAAGCGAACGCCGUGACCACCUUCAGCACGGACAUCGUCGAGGCGACUUGGGUUUCGGAAGUUGCUGCUACCAUUGCUAAGGAAAAGGAAGCGAACGGCAGCAUUGUACGAGGGACGAUCAAGAGAGAACUCGGAUCAAGUGAAGCGGCUGAUGGCACGGCCGACUUGACACCAGAGGCGGAUACCUAUGAGUUCCUGAAGAAGUACGUGGGAGAGAACCCGCAGGCGACGGAGGCGAAGCAGGCUCUGGACCAGCUGAAUGCCCUCACGCCUCUCCAGAGGGAGAACGCUAGGAAGUUCUUGGCGCGCUCGGCCGACGCAUGGCAGACGACGCUGGGAGACGCGGAUCCGGGGAAUCCCCCCGAGCUGGCAUCCGUGACGGAUGUCGUCAGACUCCUCACCGCUUCAGUCACCUUCGGGCCCCGGAACGUCACGGAGAAACAGCUGGCGGACGUCCUCAACGGAGAUAUCAAGGCGUGCGAACUUCAGUCUGGAGGCGAAGGCGCUCAGUGCUUCGCCAAGAUGAUUGAGAUCCUCCAGACGCCGAAGAUUCGGUCUCACGUGUACAUGGAACUGGCACUGCCCUUCGACUAUGCCGAUCCGAAAUCCGGGAAAUACGAGACGCUGGUCGAUUCGAUCGUCCAAGACAUGGGGAAAGCCUUCCACUUCGGCGGAGUCAUUGGGUUCGAACCUGCUCGGGUCCUGGGACUAGCGAAGACGAGAAGAGGGUCCAACACGGGCGUCUCUUUGAAACUCUCCUACAGCCUGCCGAGACAAGCGGUCGAUCCGGUUCCCACGAUGACCACCCUCGCCGGGGCGGAGAUUCUCAACAAAAUCAUCAUCACCGGGAAGGACAAAGAGAUGGCUAAGGCUGACCUUAAAGAACUUCUCAGUAUGGACUUGAAGUCGGAAUUGCAGAAAAUCGUCCCAUCAAACGCCGAGCUCCAGACCAUCAUCAACAAACUCGGCAAAAUCCAGGACAUGGAAAUAGCCAAGAAGAAUCUGGAGAAAGCAUUGAGAUCCUGGCGACUGGCAAUGGGUAAGGAUCCGUCAAUGGAAGACUCGGUCGUGGACACGAGCAGUCUCAUCGCGUCCGUGCAGAACUCCCUUCCGGCCACUGAAGACAAGGAUCAAGUCGGGACUUUGCUCUCCGCCCUCUCUGCGCUCUUCACCCAUGAGAACAUAACCUUCGCAGAGACGAUGUUGUCCAUCAGUCCCCCGCUACACACACACAGAAUGGCUUUGAAACUCAACGAGACGUUCAAGACCGGAGUCCACGACACGACCACCCAUCCGGACGCCAUCGCCCUGUCCCAGAAGAUCAAAAAUGAGCUGAAGAACAGCUACCAGCUGGCCGGCGGGCAGGAGGUGGACGUGAACGUGACUCUUCCUUUCAAGCCUGGGAGCAUCGCAGCCGAAACAUUGAGUACCUUCAGCACGGAUGCUGUGGAUGCAUCUCAGGUCGCACAAGAUGCUGCUGCCACCAUUGAAAGCAAUGGAAUCGGUGGAACUACUGUCACUACAACAGGUAAGACAUUCGGGAAAUGUCGACCAGAUGCGAAAAUUUCCGGGUAA